CCAGGCAGGCUGAGAAUCCAGCCCUCGCUGUGGAGCAAGGACGACGUGAUCCACUGGCUGAGAUGGGCUGAGGAGGAGUAUUCCCUUCGGCAGACGGACGAGAGCAAGUUUGAAAUGAACGGCAAAGCCCUGUGCAUCCUCACCAAGGACGACUUCAGACACCGAGCUCCCAGCUCAGGUGAUGUGUUAUAUGAGAUACUCCAGUACAUUAAGACUCAGAGAAGAGCUCUGGUGUGCAGCCCCUUGCUCAGCUCACCCUUGAGGGAAGCCAGGAGCACAGAGGAAGACUGCAGGUUGCUGUGGGAUUACGUGUACCAGCUCCUCUGCGACAGCCGCUACAAACCUUACAUCAGGUGGGAAGAUAAGGAAGCCAAGAUCUUCCGGGUCGUUGACCCAAAUGGUCUUGCCCAGCUCUGGGGAAACCACAAGAACCGGAUGAACAUGACAUAUGAGAAGAUGUCACGAGCGCUCAGACAUUACUACAAACUCAACAUCAUCAAAAAGGAGCCGGGGCAGAAGCUGUUGUACAGGUUUUUGAAGACCCCUGGGGAGAUCGUCCAUGAGAAAUCCAGCAAACUGGAGCAGCUGGAGAAUGAGGACCACGAGGACUUCAAAGAUGACCCACUGGAGGUUUCGCCAUAG